AUGGCCAGCAAGGAAUCAACCAGCAAGACAAGGACGCACGAGCACGAGGGCACCGGCGCCGGGUCGAUGACAGUGGCAGGUGAACGGCGAGCAGAGGAGCAGGGCAGUGGCAGGGUGGUCAGGCAAACACAACAGCGAUGCGGCCCCGACUAUGGGAGAUGCGUGCCACCAGCUGCGGGACCAGCGAAGACCAGCAUGGCGCGGGGGUACGACCUCGAUAUCAGAUACAAGGAUGAUUACUACGUCGGAGUUGCAGAAGCCGCGGUUUCUAGAAUGUCCCAAGCACUGUUUCCUGGGGCCGCUCGCUUCACGCACAAAACAAAGGAGCUGACCGACCAGAUGUUGACUGUUCCUCUUCGAACAGUCGAGAUACAAUUAGCGGGAGGGACUGCAGUUCCGGGUGCAGUUGCAAGACUGCUAGAGCGCUGCAAAUCAGAGCGAAGGUACGAAGUUAUCGAACAGCAGGAUUACCAGCAAGGAUGUUCCAUAGCUCUACAAUCGUUCGUCACAUCGAAGAAGCGUACUUGA